CUUCUUGUGUCUCUCUCACAUACAGAUAAUGGCGAAGAUGGCAGUCGAGAAUCAGGACUUAGAGUCACAGCGGCAGUACCCCUACCACCAGAGCUGUACAUUCUACCGCAAGGAAGAAAACGAACAGCUAUUCUUGGUACAGAAGGCCGUGAACAGAGCGUUCAAGAGCAGCGCCAAUCUGAAGAACCUGCUGCCCACGGGGACGGUGUUGGCGUUCCAGGUCCUGUCCCCCAUCCUCAGCAACGAAGGCGAGUGCGAUCGCACCAGCCGGUUAAUGACCGCCGGCCUCGUCGCCCUCUGCGGCCUCUCCUGCUUCCUCCUCUGCUUCACCGACAGCUUCAAGGGCAUCGACGGCGAAGUCUUCCACGGCAUCGCCACGCCGCGGGGCCUCUGGGUCUUGGACGCCCACGGCAGCUCCAGAAACGGCGGCCUGGAGCCCGAGAAGGCCUUCGAGUUCAGGGUCAGGUUCAUCGAUUUCAUCCACGCAUUCGCUUCGGCGCUCGUCUUCGCCGCCGUGGCUGCCCUCGACCACAACGUGGUCGCCUGCUUCUGCCCGGAGCCGUCAACAAGAGCUCGGCUGCUGUUGGUGUCCGUGCCCCUGGGCGUCGGUUUCCUCUGCAGCAUGCUCUUUGUGGCAUUCCCCACCACCCGCCAUGGAAUCGGCUUUCACAUUAAUUAGAAGAUUUCCAGGGCGACGUCCUUCUUCUUCAAUUUCCGGCGACAAGAUUCGUCACCGACUCACUUCUUUUCUAAGUU